CAAUCUUCUUACACUUCAGUUUCUUCAUUUUAAAAAGGAAGAGGUAAUUUCUUCACAGUCUCCUAUGAGUUGGACAGAAAGUCAUGGAUGUGUAAAGGACUUUUUGAUGAUAAGCCCCACCUUCAUUUUUCCACGGCAUCAAACAGCUCUGUGACAUCUGUAUUCCACCCACUCGUUUUAUUUUUGCUGCAGGGAACAGCUUGAGUUGUCUCUUAAGAGUCAUCUCAUCCCUUGCUAUUCAAGAUGACCCACAGAUGGCAGCUGUUCAGCAUCACCUGGGAGUUCAUUGGAAAUACAGAAUCUCAGGCCCCAUCCCUGAAUGCCGAAUACUGUGUGUACUGCUCUAGCUUCUCCAGAGUGAAAUAUAGUCUCUAUAGGAUGCCGUCUGCUCUGGCACCAGGGCCCCUGAGCCCAUGCCUUUUAUCUGACCUUUGUUUUGCAACCCAUUACAUCACUUGCCCCCUGGGCAUCCUUUGAAUUUCAUCCUUGGCCAAUUCUCACUGUAACCGGUUCCAGCUUACUUUAAAUGAUUGGGCGGAUGGAAUUCUCCCCAUUGACAAUUGACAGGUGGCAAUUAAUUGUUCAUGCGUCAGUGGGAUGAAUCCAUUACAUCUCUUUCCUGCCUAAUAUUUUUAUCUACCUCUGACUUUUUUGUAGGGACUUUGUUGAUAUCCUCAUGAAGGCCCAUCUCUCCUCUCUCUGGCCUGUCCAUCCCUUAACAAAACCCUAAUGACUGUUCUGGGUACCAAAUCUGUGGCAGGAGUGUGACCUAGCUGCCACCCACCUCCUCCAUCACUGGAUCAGCUCAUAGUUGUCUCUUGGACAUGGGGUUAGUGCCCAACAUGUGUAGUCAUUUGGCUAAGUGAGUUACUAGGAGGGAGAACAGAUUCAAUUUCCUGAGGUGGUGAGGAGAGACUGAAGGCUUUGCCAGUUCUUUGGCCUAUGCCAGGCUCUCUGGUAUUUCUGCAGGUGGCAUGAGCUGUGUGAAGCGCCUCUGAAUUUAAGGCUCCAAAGCUCCCCAACCCAAACGAGACUUUAGGGUCUGCACUAUGGAUGCCAAGGGAAGAAAUACAACCUCAACAUCAGCGCCUGUCAAGGGAGGCAGAUGUGAGCUCGAGUCUGCCUGCCCCUGGCCAUUUGGAUUACCUUGGGCAAGUUUCCUCCUUAAAUGGGGCCGAUAAUGUUGCUUUCCUUCUCUCCCUGGCACACAGUAGGCAUUUAAUAAGUGGCAAUUGGUAUUGUCCCUAGAGUUGUAUAAAAACCAGCUCUAGCAGGGCAUGGUGUUGCAUGUCCGUAGUGCCAGCUACUUGGGAGGCUGAGGUGAGGAUCACUUGCGCCCAGGAGUUUUGAGUCCAGCCUGAACAACAUAGCAAGACCCUGUCUGUAAAAUGGGGAAAAAAAGUCAGCUGUGCUUUGUUAUGCUGUUUAAAAUAUUCUUAAAGAAAAAGGCCUGAUUACAGAAAAAUACCAUUAAGGGGAACCCGCUUUCAGUCUCUGUGCUGAGUAGUAGUAGGCUGAGUAAUUGUCCCCCAAGAUGUCCAUGUCCUAGUCCCUGGAACCCAUGAUUGUUAGUUUAUAUGACAAAUAAGACUUUGCAGAUGUGAUUAAGAAUCUUGAGGUGGGGAGAUUGUUCUGGAUUAUCUGGGUGGGUCUUUAGGGAGCAGGCAUGUCAGCAUCAGAGGAAAUGUGACAACAGAAGCAGGGGUUGGAGUGAUGUGAGGCCACAAGCCAAUGGAUGCGGACAGCCUCUAGAAGCUAGAAAAGCCAAGGAAACAGAUUCUCAAUGAGAACCUCCAGAUAGAAUGCAGGUCUACAGACCCAUUUUGGGUCUCUGUUCUCCAGAACUGUGAGAUAAUGCGUUUGUGUUGUUUUAAGCCACUUCAUUUGUGAUAAUUUGUUACAGCAACCAUAGGAAGUUAAUAUGUGCUCCAUCAUUCAUGCAAUGGGAAGCUGGCUGCCUCCCUGACGUCAGUGACCCAUGGCAUAGGCAUGACCUGCUGGAGAAACUGUCCUAGCUUCAAAGGCCUGAGUGUGCAACAUUGGCCCUUGGGAGGCUGCCUUAGCUGCUGGACUUGACCUCCUAAGCCUUAAAAGCGCCAUCCAUGGAGAGGGGAGAAGGAAGCUUCCAAGCUCUGAGAGCCCAAAAAGGCCAGAAUAGCUGGGCCCAGCAGGAGAUGGGUGGGCUGCUUAGCUCAACUGGUUAGUGGCAAAGGGCUGAGGUGACAGCUGUGGGCUUAAUCCAUGAAUGGGGCAAGUGACCUCACUUGGUGGUCUCCAAGGUUACAGGCUGCCCCUCCCUCAGCCCACUACAGAUGAGGCCAAGCUUAGGGGGACAGGACAUAGGUAACUCGGCAGGAGCUGGGCCUGAGCCUUAUGGGACACUCAAACACUGCCUCAUAGGAUCCUCAGCUGAGCAGUAGCUCUAGAAGUUGCUUUGUGAGUUGUUUUGUGACCGUCACGGCUUUCACAGCCCCAAAAGGGGUGGAGAAGCUGCUGUCUGAAAUGCAGUUGAGCCCUGGGCAAGCACAGCGAAGGUGGUGCAGUGGGGCUCUUUGUCAGCGACAUGGGCCAACUAGCCAGCUUAAAGACACAGGGGAAAUGAUUGUAAAGCUUCCUGUUGUCUCAGAUGCAGAAGCCAGAGGGCAGCCCAGCUCCAGGUAAGCAUCAGUACAGAACUGGAAAGCCCUUGGGAGGCUGAGGUCCUGCCUUCUCUCUAGCUUAUCUUGGCCCCUCUCUGUGUGUCAGCCUCCCUCCUCUCCCUGCAGCCCAGCUUUGGGUGCACACCUCCCCAUGGUGGCAGAGGUCAAUUCCACAGUGCCUAGUGUUGACAUUUUCUUGACACAAGAGACUAGUCCCAAUUCCAAAUAUCCAGGACACACUUGGCCCAGUCUGACCUGGUCUGAUAAAGUGAUGCCUGUCAGUGGAUGAGGCUGGGGCCAUUGCUCAUGGGCUAGAUUGGGUAUCACCUUUAGGAUAACCCAAAAGGUGGCCUCAUAAGGACUGUCUCAAUUCAUCAAUUUUCACAUUUUAGCAUCCCUGAUAUUGAAAUACAGCAUACAAUCGAUCUCACUUUAGGAUUAAUGGUGUCUUACAAUUGCUCUUGGCCAGAUAGUAGUCAUGACUUAGUGUCAUUGCUUGCCUAUUCGAGACAGGAAUGUGAGUCCUGUCUGUUGUCUCAAAAACUUCCAUUAAUCUUAUCUCCUGGUCAGAUCAAGCUCCAGUAUCAAAACUUGCAUAGUAGGUGCCUAGAGAGAAAAUGCUGAUGGUCAUGGUGUAGUACUGGCUUAAGAAAUGCUGGCCAGGGUGCAGUGGCUCACGCCUGUAAUCCCAGCACUUUGGCAGGCUGAGGUGGGCGGAUCACUCGAGCCCAGAAGUUCAAGACCAGCCUCAGCAACAUGGGGAAACUCCAUCUCUACUAAAAAUACAAAAUUAGCCGGAUGUGGUGGCGUGUGCCUGUAAUCCCAGCUACUUGGGCGGCUGAGGCAGGAGAAUCACUUGAACCUGGGAGAUGGAGGUUGCAGUGAGCCGAGAUCGUGCUGAAGGAAGGAAGGGAGUAAGAGAGGGAGGGAGAGAGGGAGGGAGGGGGGAGAGAGAAAGAAAGAAAAAGAAAUGCUGCAUUUUCAGUUCUAUUGAUGGCACAGCAGGCAACAGUGUGUGAAAAACAGGCACUUAAAGACUCUGGGCUGGGCACAGUAGCUCAGGCCUGUAAUCCCAGCACUUUGGGAGGCUGAGGUGGGUGAAUCAUGAGGUCAGGAGUUCGAGACCAGCCUGACCAACAUGGUGAAACCCUGCCUCUACUAAAAAUACAAAAAAUUAGCUGAGUGUGGUGGUGGGUGCCUGUAAUCUCAGCUACUCGGGAGGCUGAGGCAGGAGAAUCGCUUGAACCCGGGAGACGGAGGUUGCGGUGAGCCGAGAUCACGCCACUGCGUUCCAGCCUGGGUGACAGUGUGAAACUGUCUCAAAAAAAAAAAAAAAAAAAAAGACUCUGACAAGGGAUUCAGAAGAGAAUUUUAGCAAAUUUGCUUUCCUCAUAUUGUACAUGAUACAUGUCUAAAAAAGUCUGAGCUCUUUCAAUAAGUAAUAAUGUACAUAUAUGAGUACAUAAAGAACAUAAUAAAAUUCUAAAGAAAGCAUUGUGUUGUGGUUUAACUGGUUACACUUUAUAGCUCAUAAAAUAAUGGAGCUUCUAUGAAUCUGAUCAUAUCUUAGAUUGAGUAUAAUAUGGCCUAUGGGCUCUAUUGCCUGUCAAGUCCCCGAAAUCUGGAUUCUAUUUUUGGUGGAAGAGGAAAAGAAAGAUACAUCCUGAACUUAAUCCAAAGGCAAUGUAAGGGAUGUCUGGAGGGCCUGGGCGGGUCUUUGGAAUGGAAGAGGUCUGUGAGAAGUUAUCCUGGUGAUACCGAUUCAAAGAGCCUGUCAAGUGAAGCCCCCUGAAGUGGGGAGAAUAAGAAUCUUAGAGGUUGUUCAGCAGAAGUCUUGGAGUGCAUUUUCAGUGGUUAAGGGCAAAAAAUGCCUACUCUUAAAAGUUUAAAAACCAAAGUCGCUACUUCAUCCCCAAACUGAGGAGCAGGAGAUGGAAUGGAAACUGAGGAGCCACCUAAAUCUGCUGAAGUUCCCUCUGGCGUCCAAUCCAGAAGGCAUCAUAGCCUUCAGUGUCCAUGGAAGAAAACAGUUCCAUCAGAUAGCCCAGGGGUUCAGCCAGGGAAAAUGCUCACUGAAAAGCAGUAGAAAAAAAAGAAAAAAAGAAUAUUAGGUCCCAAAGCUGCUAGAACUCAUGAUAGCUCCAACAAAAAUACAAUAACUCAUGACAGCUCCAACAAAAUUAUGAUGUCUCUGGGACAUCAUAAAGGAGAAUUCCUUGGUCAGUCAGAGGGAGUUAUAGAACCUAAUAAGGAAAGACUAGGCGACAGAGCGAGACUCUGUCUCAAAAAAAAAAAAAAAAAAAAAAAAAAAAAAAAGAAAAAGGAAAAGCUCAAGAAUUAUGAAAGAAGUUUACUACAGGACAAAGAAGGUCUUUGAAACCAGCUCCGUAUACAGACGGAGGUAAAUCACGAGUUUAAAAAGUUGCUGGUGGCUUCUGUUGGGGAUGAUCUUCAGUAUCACUUUGAUUGUCUAGUCCUUGAGAAAAAUCAGCUUAUUUUAGAAAAUGAAGCCCUAGGUUGAAACACAGCUCAGCUUUCCAAACAGUUAGAACGUAUGUUAAUACAGUGUGAUGUAUGGCGAAGUAAAUUCCUUGCAAGCAGGGUAAUGGCAGAUGAGUUAACCAACUCAAGAGCAUCAAGAGCACGUCAAAAACAUGAUGCACGUGGGGCCAUACAGGAUCUCCUAAGUGAACGGGAACAGUUUCAUCAGGAAAUGAUAGCUACCCAGAAAUUAUUGGAGGAGCUCUUAGUCUCCUUGCAGUGGGGAAGAGGGCAACCUUACUCCCCUAGUGUACAACCCCACAGCACAGCAGAGCUGGCAUUAACAAAUCACAAGUUGGCAAAAGCAGUAAAUUCUCAUCUUCUGGGAAAUGUUGGCAUUAACUAUCAAAAAAAGAUUCCAUCGACAAUUCCAUCGACAGUUGAAUUCUGCAGCACCCCAGCUGAGAAAAUGGCUGAAAUGGUUCUACGAACUUCAGAUCCAACUACCUAUACAGAGAGCUCGCCUGAUAAUCCAUGUUUUGAGUUUUCACCAGCCACCUUACUUGCUGCAAAGAAAAAUUUUGGAUGAUUUCAUCCCUAGGCUAGAUAUGAAAAUAUAACUUUCAAUUCCUGCAGUCACUGCCAGGGAGAACUUACUGCCCUUUAACAGUCAAUAUAUUGGAGGCAUGCUACAGGUACUUGCUUAUUACCCGAGAGUCAUUAUUAUUUGGGAGCUGGGGUUCUUACAAUGCUAGAAGUAAUAUCACUUCCUAUUUACAAAGUGUAUAUACCCAAAGAUGUUUUAUGUACUAGACUCCAGAUUACCCCUUCUUAAUAAAUAUCUCAGGGUAAUAAAAGAAUGAAACUGUAUUUAAAAUUUAAAUACAGUUGCAUUUUUUUCUUUGAGCUUAUACAAUGUUUUAGAAACCGUCUACUUUUUAUAAAUAUCGAGUUGGAUAUUCUUGUGUGUUAAACUGUAUUUAAUAUUUAAA